CAUCAACAUCACACGAUCGAGGAAGACACAACAAGCGGUGGUAGAAGUAGGAAACAAGAAAAAGCUUCGGGUCAACAGCAUCCUCCCUCCGCUAAUGGUCCUUCUUGCUAUCAAGAUGGUCCUCCAGACUCUUGUUAUCAUGGCGGAGCGAAUAGUAGCCAAGUGCCGUACUAUCCUUCAUUAGAAACAAGUACUAUAGUCGGAGGGCCCACUACAGUAGUUCCUUGUCGGCGUACAAUAGACCUGGAAGCCUCGGUUGAACCGUUUAAUGUGUCAG